GCAGGCAGUCUGGGGAUUGCUAUGCAGGAGAGAGUUCAGGGGGAAAAGAGGAGGAAGUAGGAGGCAGCCCAGGCUCGCAGAAUGGCAAGAGCCAAGCUGAAGAAAUCCCCCUCCGAGAUCAAUUCACGUGUAAAAACUGUCCCACCAGCAACGACAGAGGAUGUCCAUGGGGUCAGCCCCUUGUUACCAGCUCGGAGGAUGGGCUCCUGGGGGAGUGAUGUCGGACAAAGGCCCCCUGCAGAAGAUUUCAGUGUGGAUUCCUCACUUUCACAGGUGCAGGUGGAGUUCUACGUGAACGAAAACACCUUUAAAGAACGACUCAAGCUGUUCUUCAUCAAAAACCAAAGAUCAAGCCUAAGGAUACGGCUCUUCAACUUCUCACUGAAGCUCCUCACCUGCCUCCUCUAUAUUGUCCGUGUCCUGCUUGACAACCCCGCCAAGGGAAUAGGCUGCUGGGGUUGCGAAAAGCAGAGUUACUCAACCUUCAACCAGUCAUCCACAGAAAUAAACUGGGCUCCAAUCUUAUGGGUGGACAGGAAAAUGCCAUUAUGGGCAAUACAAGUGAGCGUCGCUUUAAUCAGCUUCCUCGAGACCAUGCUUCUCAUCUAUCUCAGCUACAAGGGAAACAUCUGGGAGCAGAUUUUUCGCAUUUCAUUCAUCCUUGAAAUGAUCAACACGGUGCCCUUUAUCAUCACAAUAUUCUGGUCCCCUUUACGGAAUCUGUUUAUUCCAGUUUUUCUGAACUGCUGGCUGGCCAAGUACGCCCUGGAAAACAUGAUAAAUGACCUGCACCGUGCGAUCCAGAGGACGCAAUCCGCCAUGUUCAAUCAGGUGCUGAUUCUGAUUUGUACCCUGCUGUGUCUUGUUUUCACAGGAACCUGCGGCAUCCAGCAUUUAGAAAGAGCCGGUGACAAUCUCUCCCUUUUCAAGUCCUUCUACUUCUGUAUCGUCACCUUCUCCACCGUGGGCUACGGCGACGUGACCCCAAAGAUCUGGCCCUCGCAGCUCCUGGUGGUUAUAAUGAUUUGCGUGGCCCUCGUGGUGCUACCCCUCCAGUUCGAGGAGCUUGUGUACCUCUGGAUGGAACGCCAGAAAUCCGGGGGGAAUUACAGCCGCCACCGAGCGCAGACAGAGAAACACGUUGUCCUUUGUGUCAGUUCCCUCAAGAUCGACCUCCUCAUGGACUUCCUGAACGAAUUCUACGCUCAUCCCCGGCUGCAGGAUUACUACGUAGUGAUCCUUUGUCCCACUGAGAUGGAUAUCCAAGUGCGGCGGGUCCUUCAGAUUCCUCUCUGGUCCCAGCGAGUGAUCUAUCUUCAGGGGUCUGCACUGAAAGAUCAGGAUCUCAUGAGAGCAAAGAUGGAUAACGGAGAGGCCUGUUUCAUUCUCAGCAGCCGAAACGAGGCGGACCGCACGGCCGCGGACCAUCAGACCAUCCUGAGAGCCUGGGCUGUGAAGGAUUUUGCUCCCAACUGCCCCCUCUACGUCCAGAUUCUAAAGCCUGAAAACAAGUUUCAUGUCAAGUUUGCGGAUCACGUGGUCUGCGAAGAAGAAUGCAAAUACGCCAUGCUGGCCUUGAACUGCGUCUGCCCAGCAACCUCCACGCUCAUCACCCUGCUGGUUCACACCUCCCGGGGCCAAGAAGGCCAGGAGUCUCCGGAGCAGUGGCAAAGGAUGUACGGGCGCUGCUCAGGCAACGAAGUGUACCACAUCCGCAUGGGGGACAGCAAGUUCUUCAUGGAAUACGAAGGGAAAAGCUUCACCUAUGCUGCCUUCCAUGCCCACAAAAAGUAUGGCGUCUGCUUGAUCGGCAUCAGGCGGGAAGAGAACAAAAGCAUCCUGCUGACCCCUGGCCCGCGGCACAUCAUGACGGCGUCCGACACCUGCUUCUACAUUAACAUCACCAAGGAGGAGAACUCCGCCUUCAUCUUCAAGCAGGAGGAGAAGCAGAAGAAGAAAGGCUUUGCAGGGAGAGGGCUGUACGAUGGACCGUCCCGGCUGCCUGUUCACAGCAUCAUCGCGAGUAUGGGUACAGUGGCCAUGGACCUGCAGAACACAGAGUGCCGCCCUGCUAACAGCAGCAAACUAACCCUGCCAGCUGAGAAUGGCUCAGGUAACCGACGGCCCAGCAUCGCCCCGGUCUUAGAGCUAGCAGACAGCUCUUCUCUCCUGCCCUGUGAUCUGCUCAGCGACCAGUCAGAAGACGAGAUGACUCAGUCCGACGACGAAGGACUGACUAUUGUAGAGUAUGUGAAAGGCUACCCCCCUAACUCGCCCUAUAUCGGCAGCUCUCCCCCCCUCUGCCACCUUCUCCCUGUGAAAGCCCCGUUCUGCUGCCUGAGGUUGGACAAGGGCUGCAAACACAACAGUUACGAAGACGCCAAGGCCUACGGGUUUAAGAACAAACUGAUCAUCGUUUCGGCAGAGACCGCGGGGAACGGCCUGUAUAAUUUCAUCGUCCCCCUCCGUGCAUACUACAGAUCCCGGAAAGAGUUAAACCCAAUUGUGUUGCUCCUGGACAACAAGCCUGAGAACCACUUCUUGGAAGCCAUCUGUUGUUUCCCCAUGGUUUACUACAUGGAAGGCACCAUCGAUAACCUAGACAGUUUGCUGCAGUGUGGGAUUAUUUACGCUGACAACUUGGUGGUGGUGGAUAAGGAAAGCACCAUGAGUGCGGAGGAGGAUUACAUGGCAGAUGCAAAAACAAUCGUCAACGUCCAGACCAUGUUCCGGCUGUUCCCAAGCCUCAGCAUCAUCACCGAGCUGACCCACCCGUCCAACAUGAGGUUCAUGCAGUUCAGAGCCAAGGACAGUUAUUCCUUGGCCCUCUCCAAACUGGAAAAGAAAGAGCGAGAGAACGGCUCCAACCUGGCGUUCAUGUUCCGGCUCCCGUUUGCGGCCGGCCGAGUGUUCAGCAUCAGCAUGUUGGAUACGUUGCUCUAUCAGUCAUUCGUGAAGGACUACAUGAUCACCAUUACGAGACUGCUGCUGGGCCUGGACACCACGCCGGGUUCCGGCUACCUCUGUGCUAUGAAAAUCACGGAGGAUGACCUGUGGAUCCGGACCUACGGCCGUCUCUUCCAGAAGCUUUGCUCUUCCAGCGCAGAAAUUCCCAUUGGGAUCUACAGAACCGAAUCGCACAUGUUCUCAACCUCCGAGCCUCAUGACAUCCGAACUCAGUCGCAGAUCUCAAUCAAUAUCGAGGACUGUGAGGAUACAAAAGACGUCAAGGAGCACUGGCACAUCAAGACGAGCCAUCACAGGAACUCCUGCUCGAGCGACCAGUCCGAGCACCCUUUGCUCCGGCGUAAAAGCAUGCAGUGGGCACGCAGGCUGAGUCGGAAAGGCAAUAAGCACACGAGCAAGACGGCGGAGUGGAUCAGCCAGCAGCGACUGAGCCUGUACAGAAGGUCGGAGAGGCAAGAGCUCUCAGAGCUUGUCAAAAAUCGAAUGAAGCAUCUGGGUUUACCGACCACUGGGUAUGAGGAUGUAGCAAAUUUAACAGCCAGUGAUGUGAUGAAUCGGGUAAACCUUGGAUAUUUGCAAGAUGAAAUGAAUGACCAUCAGAACACCUUGUCCUAUGUGCUGAUUAACCCACCUCCAGACACGCGCUUGGAACUCAACGACAUAGUGUAUUUAAUACGCUCAGACCCCCUCGCACACGUCGCCAAUGACGCCCACAGUCGAAAAAGCAGCUGCAGCCACAAGCUGGACCCGUGCAACCCUGAGACGAGAGACGAAACCCAGCUCUGAAGGCCCGUGCUGCUGACCAGGUCGGCUUCUCUGAGUGCUGCCGCAUGGAGGUGCAAGAGAACGUACUGACCCCUUCCCCCAAGGGGGCUGGUUAGUUGGGGACACAACAUGGAUUCCAGGUGGAAUACUCCCAAGAACGCCCGCGGCCUCACAUUGUCCGUGGGUGCCGCUGCCUUGGCAGAGGACUCCACGUUGCACUAAGAAAAUGUCACACACACACUCACCCCGGAUUCAAGCGGCUUAGCGAUGCCUUGAAGGGACGCGCUUCGCGUCUCGGCAUUACCAGGACAGCUGGCCCCGCUGGCGGCUUCACACACGUUUUCUUUUU